CUCAAGUUCCUCCCUUCCUUGUCCUUGUGUGGCGGAGUAUGCAAACAGUUUGGAAUAAAGCUGUGUUUGCCACAGAACGAGGGCUCUUCAGAGCUGCAACCGCUGCAGACGUGACGUCGGAUCUCCUCCGGUUAGCGUGUCUGCCAAGCUUGGAUCCAAGCUACAGCCACGCGGCCUAUGAUUCUUUGAGCACGGUUUCAAAGGUUGACAUAUUCAUAAGCCAUUCCUGGUCAUGCCCAGCAUGGCUGAAAGGCCUGGCUAUUUGCCACUAUCUAAAUAUGAACUCGGCCAUUGCCUCAUCCGCUCUUGUGAGCACCGUGGCAGUUGCCGUGCUCGUGCUGCGCGCAGGAAGUUUCAGUGAGGUGGCACUGCAGCCAUCGGGUGUAUUGUUCGGCUUGUUGCUUUUCUGCCCUCUGACCGUAUUCCUUUUCGUCUACCUUUUUGGACACAUCUUUGCCAGCAAAUCCUUGUGGUUUGAUCGCAUUUGCGUCGACCAAGCAGACUUUGAAGUCAAAAGUCAGACGCUUCAAGCAAUACCGGCCUUCGUGGCCAGAUCAAGAGAGAUGCUGAUUUUGUGGGAUGAGACGUAUUCCCAAAGACUUUGGUGCAACUAUGAGUUGGCCGUCCAUGCCAAAACUUCGGCAGGUGCUGAAACCAUAACGAUUGUACCGCCGUGGAUGCCUUUGUGGACUUUGUCUUGGUUCGGCAUCACCGCUAGCCUGUGCUGUCUAUUUUCCGGAGGUCAGUCUCUCGUGCUGGACGCGGAGUCUCAUGUUUCACUCCUGGUUUCAUUGAUCAGGAAUUACUUUGUCCCUCCAUAUGCAUUCUUGUUUGCUUCCAUUCCCUAUUCAUGGUUUUGCUUGAAGAAGCUGAAGUGGCACAAGUUGUUGCUGGAUGAGAUGGCCCAUUUCGAUUUCGUGAACGCCAAAUGCGCCUUGGAGAUGGACCGCCGCGAGAUCGAGGAGCAAGUCGUAUGUCUUUUCGAUGAGGCUCUAGAACCUCCCAUUCGUGUUGCAUUUGAUGAUUUGGACGGUUCGGGAGUUCCGACGCUGGAGACGGACGGUGCUGAUGGUGCCUUGCUGCCGGAAACCAUUCGCGAGAUCCGGCACAUCACCAGUUACCCUUCGAAGGACGAAAUCAUACAUUGCUUCAAUUCGUAUGUGAGAGGUCCGCUGAGGGAUUCUGUGCUCACAGCGAUGGGCAAGGAGCAUGAGAUUCCGCUCAAGCUGUCCAUGCUUUCGAGCUUUCCUUUGUGGUUUACAGGCCUGGUAAGUGUUUUUGGAUGCGACGGCCGAAGUGAUUGCAUGAAAUCCGCCACGGCUUCGGGGUACACGUCCGUCCCUCAGUAUAUGGCUGCAAACGCAGUGUGGAGCUUGCUUGUGGCGCCCUUGUUUAUGAUGAUCCUGCCACCAUUGAUGCUACGAACCAACCAAUGUGCAGAAGCAGCAGUGUCAAGCCGGACAUGGCAGAUGGCAUUGGGCUCGGUCUUGGGUGCAAUCGUCUUCUUUCUCUUGGAUGUGCUCGCGUCUCUACAGUGGGCCUUGUUUAUUCUUGCAGUUGCCAAGCCAUCACCUCUGUGGCUCGCCGGAGCAAUGUUGGGUUUUGGCCUGCUAGUUUGGUCAAUCUGGACAUUACUUGGGUCAAAGGACUUGGCUCCUUCCAGGCGAUCACUUGCACAGCACCUUGAAGACCUAGGAUAGCGCGCGAGACACUGCAUGCAGAUUGGGUUG